ACCAAUAUAAACUGUGGCGGGAGAUUCGUUUUCCGGUUCUUGUCGGGUAAAAACACCCUCGGCUGGAAUAUCCAGUUGGUUGCUGUCAUCUCCUCGCGUCUGAACAUGGUGCGGACUAAAGCAGACAGAGUCCCAGGCACCUACAGAAAAGUGGUGGCUUCUCGAGCUCCAAGGAAGGUGCUUGGUUCUUCCACCUCUGCCACUAAUUCCGCGUCGCCUUCAUCGAGGAAAGAAACCUACGCGGUACCAGAUCCAACAGAUCUCAAGUUAUGUGAGAUCUAUGUGUGUGAAUGA